CCUGUUGUUUUCUCUUCCCCUUUGUCUCUUUGAGGUGGGAGAGAGAGAGAAACAGCAACAGAAGUUGUAAUAAUAAAAAAACCAAACCUUUAAACUAUUAAUGUCCUGUCAUUUCUAAAUCUAUUUCUGGGUUUUCUUUUUUACUUCCAAAUUUCUCAUCUUUUUCUAUAAAUCUCACAUUUUUGAGACUUGGUUUGACCAAAGAUGUAUGUGAAGAAUAGAGGAGAGUAUGCUUCAAAGCAUGUUUUACCAAAGAAAUUAGCUAUUUUGCUUUGUUUUGCUAGCUUCUUUGCAGGAAUGUUCUUCACCAACAGGAUGUGGAUGGUGCCUGAUGCCAAAAGCAUUGUAAAGAAGACAUCUAGAACUGGGGAUGAGCAACAUGUGGACUGUGAUAUGAAAAUUAAGGUUCUAAAGAAUGAAGACAAUAGCUCUAGAGGCAUUUCAGGGUCUCAACAUUCUAUUGAGACAGUGGAUAAGGCAAUUUCAGAUUUGGAGAUUAAAUUAAUGGCUGCUAGGGCAGAACGUGAGACAGUUAUGAAAGAUACCAUAAUAUCCGAGGACUUGAAGAAUGUUGAAUUGACUUCGAGAAGAAAAUAUCUCAUGGUUAUAGGAAUUAAUACGGCUUUUAGUAGUCGUAAGCGGAGAGAUUCCGUUCGUGCAACUUGGAUGCCUCAAGGUGGGAAGCUAAAACAAUUGGAGGAAGAGAAAGGCAUCAUCAUACGAUUCAUUAUAGGUCACAGUUCUACGUCAGGUGGCAUUCUCGAUAAAGCCAUCGAAGCUGAGGAAAGGAUGCAUGGUGACUUUUUGAGAUUGCAACACGUCGAGGGCUAUUUGGAGUUGUCGGCCAAGACGAAAACAUAUUUUUCCACAGCAGUUUCCUUGUGGGAUGCGGAAUUUUAUGUCAAAGUCGAUGAUGAUGUUCAUGUAAAUCUAGCAACACUCGGUAUGACUUUAACUGAACAUAGAAAGAAACCUCGAGUUUAUAUCGGUUGCAUGAAGUCUGGCCCCGUUCUUGCUCGAAAGGGAGUGAAAUACCAUGAACCCGAGUACUGGAAAUUCGGUGAGGUUGGAAACAAAUAUUUCCGACAUGCUACGGGACAAUUGUAUGUUAUAUCAAAGGAUUUGGCCACUUACAUUUUGAUAAAUCAGGAUGUACUGCAUAAAUAUGCUAAUGAAGAUGUUUCAUUGGGAUCUUGGUUUAUCGGUUUAGACGUGGAGCAUGUCGAUGAUAGGAGACUCUGCUGUGGCACUCCACCAGAUUGUGAAUGGAAAGCACAAGCCGGUAAUAUCUGCGCUGCUUCGUUUGACUGGAAGUGCAGUGGGAUUUGUAGAUCAGUGGAGAGGAUCAUGGAAGUUCAUGAACAAUGUGGCGAAGACAAAAAUGCUUUAUGGACCACGAAUUUUGUGCAGACAACUAGAAGUUCUAACUCGGGAAAGAUACACAUGAGGGAGCAGGCAUAGAGAUGGUUUAUUUUCUGUCUCCCCUUCCUACACACUUACAUAUAUAUAUAUAUAUAUAUAAAUAGAGGCCUCUUUUGCUACUGGGGUACCCCUCUACUUUUGGGGAUAUACUAACCCCAAUAGCAGUAAGAUGCAUCAACCCUCAUUCUUUGAAUGGUGGAGGACUGUAUUACAAAGUUCGCUACCAUGGUGAUGAGAUCCACAAACUAGAAUAGUAAUCUUUGUGGGCAGUAUUUUGCUGCUUCUUACUCAAUAAAGAUCAAUAAUAUACACAUUUUUAUAUAUGCGAUGCUUCUAUCGCUUGAUAAUAUCGAUGAUGACUUUGGUUGAGGUG